UACUGAUCCUGGGGUUUCUAACUUAUCCUCUCUUGCUUUGUCAUGUGAAGCCUUACACAGGGCACUUGGAGUGCAGAAGGAGUAUGCUCUGGAUGCCAGCCAAAUGAAAGGAGACAGCUGAGAGGAAUUCCAGCUGUUAUGGGGAAUGAUGCUGCAGAAGGACAGCUUAGUUUGGAGCAUUUCUAUUCCAGUGGUGCAAUGGAAAGUAAAUCAACAGGUUUCAGCCAUCUGUAUUUGUUAGUCUAGCCCAGCAGUGACAGUGGGGCUGCUAUUUUGCUUGUGCUUCAGAAUGGACCCACCACAGAGAAAUAAAUUGAGAGUAAAGAAAUAUGUCUCAUCUCAAGAUGAUAUGAAAGAUACUUCUGAAGUUAUCUUAAGGCAUCAGAUGCUGCAACUCGAGAACCUACUACUUCUUCACUUUACUGUGUAGAAUGAUCAGUCUUCACCUUUGGUUGGCCUCCACUAGCACAGCAACAUUAUUCCUCUAGGCAUCAAAAAGUUGGUGUUCACAAGCAGGAGAUGCUCCAGAAGAAAAAUGCUGUUUUGGUAGAUGGGGUCAUCCUAAAUGGUCCAAUAAUGGACUCAAAAGCAGGAGAGAAGUUUGUGGAAGAGGCCUGUAAGAUUAUAAUGGAAGAAGUUGUCCAGAAAGCGGAUGAUGUGACAGAAAAGGUCUGUGAAUGGCAAGCCCCUGAAAAGCUUAAGCAGAUUCUUGACCUGGAAAUGAGGGACAACGGAGAAUGUCAUGAGAAGAUCCUGCAGCUCUGCCGUGAUGUUAUAAAAUACAGCGUCAAAACCAAUCAUCCAAGAUUUUUCAAUCAGCUGUAUGCUGGAAUAGAUUAUUACUCGUUAGUGGCUCGUUUCAUUACCGAAGCACUGAACCCCAGUGUAUACACAUAUGAAGUAUCCCCUGUGUUUCUGUUGGUGGAGGAAGCAGUCAUCAAGAAAAUGAUUGAAUUCAUAGGCUGGGAAGAAGGGGAUGGUAUAUUUAAUCCAGGUGGCUCUAUUUCUAAUAUGUAUGCUAUGAAUUUAGCAAGGUACAGAUUUUGCCCUGAGAUAAAGGAGAAAGGGCUCUCAGGUCUGCCAAGACUAGUUCUGUUCGCUUCAGAAGAGUGCCAUUACUCCAUGAAGAAGGCAGCCUCCUUCCUGGGAAUUGGUACAGAGAACGUGUACUUCAUCAAAACAGAUGAGAGAGGUAAGAUGAUACCUGAGGAACUGGAGAAACAAGUCCAGCGGGCCAGGAAAGAGGGGUCAGCACCAUUUCUUGUCUGUGCUACAGCAGGCACAACUGUGCUGGGAGCAUUUGAUCCUCUGGAUAAAAUUGCUGAUAUCUGUGAAAAGUAUGGCCUCUGGCUUCAUGUUGAUGCUUCUUGGGGUGGCUCAGCUUUGAUAUCAAGGAAGCAUUGCAGACUUCUUCAUGGUAUCCACAGGGCUGAUUCUGUUGCCUGGAAUCCCCAUAAAAUGCUGUUGGCAGGAAUCCAGUGCUGUGCUCUUCUGGUGAAAGACAAUUCUGGCCUCCUGAAAAAGUGCUACUCUGCUGAGGCUGCCUACCUGUUCCAGCAGGACAAGUUCUACGAUGUCAGCUACGACACUGGUGACAAGUCCAUUCAGUGCAGCAGGCGUCCGGAUGCAUUCAAAUUCUGGCUGAUGUGGAAAGCAUUGGGAACUACGGGCCUUGAGGAGAGAGUGAACAGGGCACUGGCUUUGGCAAGAUAUCUAGUGGAAGAAAUUAAAAAAAGAGAAGGAUUCCAGCUUCUUUUAGAGCCGGAGUAUGCAAACGUCUGCUUUUGGUACAUUCCACCAAGCUUGAGAAAAAUGGAGGAUGGACCUGAAUUUUGGCAAAAGCUGCACCAGAUUGCAAUAGAAUUGCACAUUUUUGACACCCUGGAGAUCCUGCUUUGUUCUUUCAGUUUCCUGGUUGUCCAUGCAUUAAUCCCAGAGGUUGCUCCUAUCAUUAAGGAGAGGAUGAUGAAGAAGGGCAGCAUGAUGCUUGGGUACCAGCCUCACUGGGGCAAAGUAAACUUCUUCCGCCAGGUGAUUAUCAGCCCGCAAGUUAGCCGAGAGGACAUGGACUUCCUGCUGGAUGAAAUCGAGCUUCUCGCUAAGGACUUGUAGCUUUAGCGCCACAGCAUCAGGUGCUGCUCACGUGUGGUAUUUACAGAGAGAGUGGCAGCAGCAUUCUGGUGCUAUUUUGUGAAAAGUAGUAAAAAGCUUGACAUAUAGUUUGGAAACUGUCAUUUUACAGAUUGGUGUUGAGAUCUCUACAGGUAAAACACCCCUCCACAGGAAAGUAUUUGCUGACAGGGGCUGGAGGGCAGGCUGGUGCUUCCAGCACCAUUGCUGCCAUUCUGGGAAGCGUUUCCUCAAGAAGGGAGCGCUUCUGAGGAUGGUGUCUGUGCCUCAGGAAAGGCAGCUAUUUACUGGGUGCCUGUGCACAGUGUAGCUCAAACUGGUCACUUAUGCAUGCAGGCAAAAUUCCUCUGAAGUUGCUAUUACGAGUGGAUUUGUCAGUGAGCCUUAAUAUGCUAGUUAAUUCUCUUAUCUACUCUGUCAAUAUUUUAGUUUGGUAAUUACCAUGAAAAGACUGGAAAUUGUGAACUUAUAUGAGAUGAGUUCCUCAAGGCCACCU